CUUUACCACGCGCAAACGUGGAGGACGCACUGUACCAAAAUGCCUAAGUAAGUAGAGCCGGUUUCCAGCUUGAAAAUAACGUUGUAUUGCAUUUCUUUUAGUCUAUUUCAUGAGGAAUUCUUGCUUCAUGAUUCAAUUUCAUAAUGGUUCUUCCCGUUCUAGGUAUUAUUGUGAUUACUGCGAUACUUACUUAACACAUGACUCGGUAAGUCUUUAUUUAUUUGUUUAGAUUUCGUUUGAGAUACGACGCUUACUGUAGCCAGUUCCGCAUUGCUCUUCUCUCCAGUACUCUGACGUUUUUGCCUUUUUUUGUCUGCACCAAUAAUUCAUGUCUCUUUGGGAAUUUGCCACAACUUUGGACUUCUUUCAUUAGCAUCUUAAAGUCUGUGUCUUUCUACAGGGCUUACUCCAAAAGCACUCUCUCUCCCUUUGUUCCUUGAUAUUUAUUUGCUUCGUAUACUUGCAUUGUCUCUUACUCUUCUUGAGUAACAGGUUAAAUUUCUCUCCAUUAGGUGAACUUUCUCAGUUUUAAGUUAAAGCGUCGAUAAUUAUGUAUCCCGUGUUACUAGAUAUUAUAAAACUCCUCAAUUUAAUUCCAACAGGUCAGUUCUGUACUGACCAAUUGCAACUUAAGUCAAUACAUGGGCACAAAUUUCACCACGGAAAAUGUAUUACUGUUGCUUUUUGUGGUUUACUUUUCUAGCCUACAUUAGCUUUUUCCCAAAAAACGUAGACUUUCCAUAAAUAUCCUAAGUAUUUACAAUUUUGUUAGUCUCAUAGUAAUACAUUGGCUGUUUGAUAAUGGUAUUGGUGUAAUUACUCUUCCCUUUAAUUAUCAAGUACCUUCCUGGAAUUACAACACCUAGACAGCUUCCUUUCUUCUUACCUAUGCUAACAAAAUUGGUUUCUCUAACUCCCAGCCGUCAGUCCGGAAGACACACAAUGGUGGCCGAAAACACAAGGAAAAUGUGAGGUUUUAUUACACGAAGUGGAUGGAAGAACAGGCACAGAGUUUGAUUGAUCAGACAAGUAUGCAUUUCACAUUAACAUGUAUUUACUUAAGAGACAACUAUUUUUCGCAAAAACUUCUCGGUGCACAUGACAUUUUUGCUGCUCUUGAGUCAAGAGAAUUGAAUUAUAAUUUGAUUAAGCACUAAUUAGAUUUAAAAAAACUCACUGAAAUGCACCAAAAGUUGGUAUGAAAUUAAUUUGUACUGAAACUUUGAGACUCCAAUAGUGACAAAGCUUCAAAACCCUAUUAUCAUCACAUGCCUUUUGAACUUGUUCCCUUAAGAAGGAACAAGUGAGACUUAUUUUUGAAAAUACACACAAAUUAUGAUACUGUCCCUCUUAGGACAGGUUUUACAAACUGAAUUGACUUGAGAAGGAAAUUUUUUGCUUUAAGGUACAUGCAGUGUUGUGCAGUCUCUGUACCAGUGCCUAAGAAACAUUUUGUCACAAUAACAUCGCAUGGUUUCAUUCUUCAUUUUUAGCUGCUGCUUAUCAAGCUGGUACUGCCAUUCCACCCCCACAAGUUGCACACCUACCACCCCCUGGAAUGAUGCCGCCUCCACCCCCCGGAAUGAUGCCACCACCAGGAGCCUUACCACCCCCUGGAGCUUUACCAUUUCCAAUACCACCCCCUGGGGCAAUGCCACCACCAGCAGGUAUUAGACCACCACCUGGGGGACCACCACAUGGGGCACCACCAGGAAGAAUGCCAGUGCCACCAGGAGGAGGGAAUCAGCCAAGGCCAGUUGUAGGAAAAUCUUAA